AUGACAUCUGCUCUCUCCUCACAUGUCAGAGUGAGCUUCUGGAAUGUGGCGAGGAGCGCGUUGCGGUGGGCGGGGCCGUGGCGGGGUCUCCAUGGCAACGGCGUCUGCCGGCGGGGCAGGACGCCUGCAGGUGCAACGCCCACAGCAGCUUUCCUGGACGCAGCACUUGCUCAGCUCUGCUUCCCUCCGAGCACAGCCGCUCUCCCGUGGGCCAACAUUGUCACCAUGCAUGUCACCAGGCCCAAAUCAGCCAAGGGACGCAGAAGGCAAAGCUUCAGCCACCCUCAGGGCGUGGAAGCCUGUCCAUGCCAAGUGCCUUCUUCCCCACUGGCAGCAUCUCCUCGGGCAUUAGCGAGCAGUCGGAGAGCACCACACACAAAACUGGUGUUCCCACCCACCCCGGUGUCUCCUGAGGAGGUCCCGGAGCUCCUGCAGCAAGUGCCUUUGAAGUCCUCCUCUUCCCUGAACAAGUACCGGGUGCUCCCCUCCAUUGGCUGGAAGGGCAUAGCGAGUGAUGCUGUGGAAGUGCUGGCUCAACAGACCAGCCGGCUGGAAGUGAGUGAGGGGCAGGAGGACACUCUGAAAUUCAGCAAAACUCUGUCUGGAGAGCAGGGAUCUGGCAGCACACUGUCAGGAAGAGAUGUUCUUGCUGAGGAGAGCUCCCAUGUGCACUGUGCCCCUGAGAAGUGGGGAAGGAAAAUGAGGCAGGAAAGCCCUUCCACGUCCCCUCUAAGCUUAGAAGAGCCCCACGUGCUGCUCGCGGUCCGGUCUCCCUCUGGCCAGAGGUUUGAGCACCACUUCAAGCCCUCUGACAGUCUCCUGACAGUCCUUGCCAUGGCAGGACAGAAAUUGUUGGCCAACUAUCAACACUGCAGUGUUGAAACGAUGGAAGUGCCCCGGAGGAGCUUCUCUGACCUUACAAAGUCCCUCCACGAAUGUGGGAUCCUCCACAAGACUGUGCUGUGCAUUCGACAGGACAAGCAGCACGAUGCAGAUCUUUAGGCACACGGAGGUGGGUUUUUCUGCUGAGUGGGAUGCAUUGUUUCUUCCAAAAAACCUGAGUCUGAUGUUUCCUGGGCCUACUUCUUGCCAUCUUUCACAAAUUCCCAUGAAGCAGAGGUAUGGAUGUUGAGAAAUAGUAUUUCAGAUGUAUAAACCUGCGUCAUAAAGAGCAGCUUGUUUCACCCGUGCCAUCACAAAUUGCUUCGUAAGUGCCACCAACCUUCAGCCUUUUUGGUUUGUUGAAAGUUUCCAAGUUUCCAAACCCCAAGUUUCCAAGACAUCUACUCUUCUCCUUUUCUCUAUUUUGGGAAGGUGCCACUUCCCAGAGUGGACCUGGAUGCACCUAUUUGGGAAGGUAGAAGCAGAACUGUUUUACCUGCAGGACCACCUUCAGUAGCUGAUCAUCAUCCUAAACAUCUUCUCAAGAGGCUGAAAAGGAGUUUAAACCCCCAAACCAUCUGGAAGCAAGAGUAUUAACACAUUAAAGGGUUAUUAGGAAGUAUUAAAUUGCAAGACUGUGAGAACUCAGCUCUUUCUGGGUAACCUCAGUCCAGCUCUUUACUGUGACUAAAUCACCUUUUUAAGAACAAAUAGUUAUUAUUUUGUCUUGGUGAGCAGCAGGAUUUUCUCCUUAGUUUUCCUUCCCUCAUUCAGCUUGUGUGAUCUGCAGGUAAGAACAGAUGGAUAGUUAAGAAGGGAUGUUACAAAUAAUUCCACUUAACACCUUUACACUGAAGUUAGUCCAAGAAGCAAAGUGUUAAUUUUGGGAGUUUUAAAAUAAAAAUGUAUUAAUGGGAUUUGACUGAGGAACUGGCUUACAGCAUCAUUAAAAGGCUGUUUGGGUGACUUGGCAGGUUUAGGUAACUACAAUGGAAAUUCAAAGGCAAUAAUUCAAUCUACUUAAAAAAUGGAUCACUUGCCACAGAGAUGAGCAAGUUUAAAUGGUUUGAGGCAAACCCAGUUUAAGUGUAACUGCCAGAGCAGCCCAGCUCAGGAGCAGAAACACAGCAGCAGCAGAAAGCUGAUGCUGGUGCUGAUCACAAGUGUAGUAUCUGAUCUUAAGUAAGUGUUCAGCGUCCAGUGGCUUUAUAAAAUCAGUACCUGAUGGAACAGUUACCUGCUGCUGGGUGGUGGGUGAUGGAAUGGCACAGCAGCAAUCUCAGAUACUGAAACAUAUGGAUGCUUUCAACCAAACCAUAGUGGGGAGCAAAGUAGUUCAGGACAAGGAACGAUUUUCUAUAUUCCCUUCAGCAUUAGGUGGUUAAAUCCCUUGUUCUGACUGUUGUGCACUGUGUUACUUCACCAUUUCAGAGUGUUUCCACCCUGUGUUAGUACA